AUGUCGAAAAGAAACAGUGCUUUGGUGAUGCUGCGGCCGCGCUCCAUGUCGCUGGGUAAGAAAGCGGAGACGGUGAAGGUGGUGGUUCGAUGCCGCCCUGUAAACAAGAAAGAGGAGGCGAUGAGUCAUGAGAGGAUUGUUGAAGUGGAUGUGAAGCUGGGCCAGGUAAGCGUCAGGAACCCGAAAGCUGCCGGGACCCUGAACAAGACGUUCACUUUUGACACUGUUUACGACAUGUUUUCAAAACAAAACGACCUGUACGAUUACUCGUGCAAACCCCUCAUUGACUCUGUGUUACUCGGUUUUAACGGAACUAUAUUUGCUUAUGGUCAAACUGGUACCGGGAAGACAUAUACCAUGCAAGGUCUGUCCAUGGAUCCAGAAAAACGAGGGGUCAUACCAAACUCUUUUCACCAUAUCUUCACCCAUAUAUCCAGAUCCCAGAACCAGCAAUACUUGGUGAGAGUGUCCUAUCUGGAGAUAUAUCAAGAUGAGAUCCGGGACCUCCUUUGCAAGGACAAUAACAAAAAAAUGGAGCUUAAGGAGAGUCCAGAAUUGGGCGUUUACGUCAAAGGCCUGUCUUCUGUUGUGACGAAAAACAUCAAAGAAAUUGAACAUGUGAUGAAUUUGGGAAAUCAAUCCAGGUCUGUUGGAUUUACGAAAAUGAACGAGCGCAGUUCGCGUUCGCAUGCCAUUUUUGUUAUAACCAUCGAAUGCAGCGAAAUGGGCAUCGAUGGCAAGGAGCAUAUUCGGGUUGGCAAGUUAAACAUGGUGGACCUGGCUGGCAAUGAACGUCAAAGCAAGACAGGUGCCCAGGGCCAAAGGUUCAAAGAAGCUGCCAAAAUAAACUUGUCUCUCUGUGCUCUUGGAAAUGUUAUCUCAGCACUGGUGGAUGGAAAGAAUUCUCACAUCCCGUACAGGGAUUCCAAACUCACACGUCUGUUGCAGGACUCUUUAGGAGGGAACUCUAAAACUGUCAUAGUGGCUACAAUAGGACCCACAUCAUGCCACUAUGAAGAAACUCUCGCCACCCUGAGGUUUGCAAACAGAGCAAAGAAUAUCAAAAACAGGCCAAAGAUCAACGAGGACCCCAAAGAUGCUUUGCUCCGUGAGUUCCAAGAAGAAAUAGCCCGCCUGAAGGCGCAGCUAGAGGAACGAGGGAUGCUGGCAAAAGAAAGGAGGAGACGGAGGAACAGUGUAAAGAUGAAGAGAAGUAUGAGCAGUGGAGAGGUGGAGACACCUAGAAACUGUGAGGUGGACACUGUGGAGAUGGUGAAGGAAGAGAGAGCAGAGGAAUACUGGUGGAAGCAGCAGAUGGCCAAGAGCUCUGCCAAUGACAGCCCGGAGUUUAGGAGGAAAUUAGACAUCUUGGAUGAGAACUCGCAAACUAUGGAGGAUUUACUGAAGGAACAGCAGAUUAUGGGAAUUAUGAUAGAAAAAUACAAGGCCUUGGAAAGCAAGCUCCUGAUUGGAGGCAAAAAUAUCAUUGACCACACCAAUGAGCAGCAGAGAAUGUUAGAGAUAAAGAGACAGGAGAUUGCAGAGCAGGAGAGACAAGAAAGGGAGAUGCAGCAGCUGAUGUUUGAGCAGGAUGAGGAGACAGUGGAACUGAAAGAGACCUACUCAACUCUACAGCAGGAGGUGGAGCUCAAAACCAAAAAGCUCAAGAAGCUGUACAGCAAACUGCAGUUAGUACGAGCUGAGAUUGGUGACAUCAUCGAUGAACAUGUCACAACGAGACAAGAGCUGGAGCAGACACUAAAUGAACUGACAAGAGAGAUGAAAUUCAAGAAUCUCAUCAUUGACAAUUUUAUUCCUCCUGAGGAGAAAAACAAGAUCACAAAACGCCUUCACUUUGACAGUGAGGAAGACCAGUGGAAAGUCUUACCCCUUCUCCCUUCUGAAAACAGUUCUCCUCGCAUCAGACAAAGGCCAACGUCUGCAGUUGGAUACAAGAGGCCAAUCAGCCAAUAUGCACAAGUUGCUGUGGCAACAGGAUCUCCUUCCAGAUACAGGGCAGAAAAUGUCAUGGUUCUGGAGCUAGACAUGACAUCACCAACGAUGGUCCCACUGGACCUACAAGGAGCAGAGAUGAGGACAAGAAAUCUGCUCUGUGACUUUGCUCAGCACAGGAGAACGACAACAGCAUCACGCGUCAUGCGGGCCAGAUCAUGGUAUCAAGGGCCAAGUCUGCCCACUUCAUCAAACAGCUCAGUGGCCUCUGGGUCUCAGGUGCCACCUUCUGCCAUGGGGGCAUGUGCCAGUGUGUUUCAGCCAUGA